AUGGUGAUGGAGGAAGAGGAGGAAGGGACUUCGGAGGAGGAAGAAGUCCCGAAGGCCUCAGAGGUAGCGACGGCUUUAAAAGUCAUGAUGGCGGUAGAGAUGAUGGAGGGAGAGGAAGGGACAAAGGAAUAUAAGGUAAGGAUGUCAGGAGCUGGAAGAGGCAGAGGACGACCUGCUAGAGGCAGAGGUCUGGGAGGUGUUGGUCGUGGUGGUGUUAACCAUGACGAUGUUCAGUUGGAGGAUGCACCUCAUGUGCCGAAUCCUAUGAUUGGAUUUAUCAGAGAUAUCUGCAAAUUGGGGGCUGUUGAAUUUGCUAGAGCUACCGAUCCACUUGAUGCUGAGAAGUGGAUUGAAGAUAUGGAAAAGUAUUUUGAGAUGAUGGACUGUACUGAGGUGCAGAAAAGGAAGAUUGGUGCAUUUCUUUUAUCUGGUGAGGCGCGCCAGUGGUGGCAGUCAGAGACCAAGAUGGUUGUAGACAUUACAACUAUGACCUGGGAUGAUUUUAAAACUCAGUUCAAUGACAAAUACUUUUCACAAUCAGUGAAGGAGAAGAAGGCAACAGAGUUCACGCAGCUGGAACAAAAUAAUGAGAUGUCAGUUUGUGAGUACGAGAUGAAGUUUACAGAGCUAUCCCGAUUCGUUCCUCACAUUGUUGCGAAUGAGUUACACAAGGUUAGAAAGUUUGAGCGAGGAUUGGUCUCUUAUGUGAAGAAGUUUGUGGUGGGUCAUCGUUUUGACACUUAUGCUAGAGUGGUAGAAUGUGCUAUGGCAGUAGAGGAGAAUAAUAACAUUGCCUUUCAGAAACAGAAGGAGCGUAGGGCAGAACACAAAGGUAAGGGGGCUAGCAGCACUCAACAGAAUCAGAGUAGCUCUCAACAGAAUCAGGGGGGUCAGCAGCAGCAGACUCAGAGAAACUGGCAAGCCACACCUCAUGAUGCACAGCCAUAUCAGUUCAGCGGGCAUUGCUACAAUUGUCGUGAGCAAGGACAUUUGGCUCGUAAUUGUCCCAAGCCUCACAAGAAUAACCAGCAGAAAGGUCAGGCACCACAGCAACAAGGAGGUGCAAGGGUUUAUGCAGUUGUUCCAGAUGGGAGACAGGAUCGUGCACCACCAGCAGUGGAAGGUACACUUACUAUUUAUGGCAGUAUAGCUAGAGUACUAUUUGAUUCAGGUUCUUCAUAUUCUUUUAUUGCACUAUCAUUUGUGAAUACGCUGGGAUUAGAAACUGGACAUAUAAGUAAUGCCUUAUCUAUUACAACCCCACUCGAGAGCGCGACGACACUUGAUAGAAUAUGUCGUGCUUGCCCUGUUACAAUUGGGGAGUUGGAGUAUCCUAUUGAUUUAAUAGUAUUACGUAUGAGAGAAUUUGAUGCUAUACUGGGUAUGGAUUGGUUGGCUAGAUAUCAUGCUCAGUUGGACUGCCAUGAGAGGAUUAUUGUAUUCUCAGUUCCGGGAUAG